GCAAAUUGGGUUCGAUUCAGUUCGUCAGAUCUUGGCCUUAGUUAGUCAGUCGUGCGCCGUUCAGCUCGUGACUAGUGAUUUGCUGGUCGGUAGGCCAAAACUUAAUAAAAGCCACGGAAGUGAGGAACAAUUUCUGAACAAAAUUAUUCAAUAUUUGCACAAGUGUAUCGAAACCGGAGCUGAAAUACGAAUUUUAGUGCUCAACCAAUUUGCAAUAAUCAGUUAAUUGCUUCACAUCGAUCAAAUCGUACAACUUUAAACUUAAUAUCAGUGUGUGUGUGUAUGUAAUGGCGUUUUUGCGUUCCAUUUGUGCUCAACGUGCCACAUCAAGUUUAGUUUAUAGUCGUAAUAAAAGCAAUAGAAACACAACCUCCGGUUGGAGAGUGAGGGGAAAGACAACAACAGCAGCACCGCUAUCGGCAUCAGCAGGGACAACAAACCAGCAGGACGUGCAUCAUGUCAUCAUUGAUCGUGAUCAAGACGAUCUAACAUACUCAUCAACAUCAAAGUGUCAAUUACAUCGGCGCCAGCAGCAGCAGCAACGUCAACUUCUCAGCAGUAUCAUUUUUUCGCCAGCUCAUACAUCACGGCAUACGCUAUACACAAACAACAAUUUAAGUCGCUCUGUAGUUACCGCACGACAAGAGGCUGAGCCUGAAGUAAAACGAUCACGUUCUCACAAGGCUCCACCACAACAACCAGAUGUUCCAGUUAAUCCUCAACGUGAUCCAUUGGAUGUCAGUUUCAAUGAUCCUCUCGCGGCAUUCAAGAGCAAAACAACAUGGGAGUUGAUACGCGCCUAUUUGGUGUAUACCGUUUGUUCCAUUGAACCUGUAGUGGAGAAUAAUCUCAAGAUAAUGAAAAUUACACGCGCUUUAAUAGGUGACCGUCUCUUUGGGUUACUGAUGAAAUCCACCUUUUAUGGGCACUUUGUAGCGGGUGAAACCCGACGUACUAUUGUUCCAACUCUAGAAAGAUUACGUUCCUUUGGCGUCAAACCAAUUCUUGAUUAUUCCGUGGAGGAGGAUCUCUCACAGGAGGAGGCUGAGAAGCGUGAAGUUGAAUCUUCAGUUUCGAGUGCUGGGGACAUUAAAGAUGAUGGUGCGAUAGCGCAAUACCACGUGGAUAAGUCAUUCGCCGACCGUCGUUACAAAGUGAGCAGUGCUAGGACCUAUUUCUACUUGAAUGAAGCUACAUGUGAGCGUAAUAUGGAAAUCUUCAUGAAAUGCUUGGAGGCCGUCUCAGGUGCUACAUUUGGUACAGGAAUCACGGCAAUUAAGCUCACGGCCCUUGGCCGACCGCAAUUAUUGUUACAAGUGUCUGAGGUGAUUAUGCGCACUCGCCAAUACAUGGAAGAUCUUGUUGGCGGACAAGGUAAUGUUCUGACUCAUCACAAGACGAUCAAAGAUCUGGAAAAGUACUACUCCAGUUUUGGCGACAGUAAAAAUGUACAAGAUUUCUUGAAGAAUGUUACCUCGGACAAGGAAGGUAUUCUACACUUAUUCCCCUGGUCGGGUAUUGUGGAUGAAGAUUCUCAAUUAAGUGAUACUUUCCGAGUGCCGGACCCACAAACUGGACAAAUGCGUCGAUUGAUCUCACAAAUUCCGCCCAAGGAAGAGGAAAUGUUCAGGAAUAUGAUUCGCCGUGUCAAUACAAUUGUUAAGGCUGCAGCUGAGCUGGAUGUCCGUAUAAUGAUUGACGCUGAACAGACUUACUUCCAACCUGCCAUUUCGCGCAUUACUCUAGAAAUGAUGCGGAAGUACAAUAAAGAAAAGGCGAUCGUAUUCAAUACUUACCAAUGUUACUUGCGCGAAACGUUCGGAGAGGUGGUCACUGAUCUCGAACAAGCAAAACGUCAGAAUUUUUAUUUUGGUGCUAAAUUGGUGCGCGGUGCUUAUAUGGAGCAAGAGCGAGAACGCGCUGCUAGUAUGAAUUACCCAGAUCCGAUAUGUCCCAAUUAUGAGGCGACCACUGAUAUGUAUCACAAAACAUUAACUGAAUGCCUGAGGCGAAUAAAGUUACUGAAGGAUAAUGGAGAAGAUGCCAAAAAGAUUGGUAUUAUGGUCGCUUCGCACAACGAGGAUACUGUACGUUUUGCCAUCGAAAGAAUGAAGGAAAUCGGAAUAUCACCUGAGGAUAAGGUUAUCUGCUUUGGCCAGUUAUUGGGAAUGUGUGACUACAUCACGUUCCCAUUAGGUCAAGCUGGGUAUUCCGCUUACAAGUAUAUCCCUUACGGACCAGUGAAUGAAGUUUUGCCAUAUUUGUCGCGGCGAGCACAGGAGAACAAAGGAGUCCUAAAGAAAAUCCAAAAGGAGAAACGUUUACUACUUUCCGAAAUCCGUCGUAGAUUUUUUACUGGUAAAAUGUUCUACAAACCUAAUGGAAAAUAUGUGCCCAUAUAAACUAGCGUCAUUUAAAGAA